AUGCUCAAUAGCGAUAAAGUUUGGGAGGACAUUGAAUUAUUAAAAAAACCUGACGAACCCUUAUUAUUUGAACUUAAACAGGAUAUACUAGAACUAAGAGCCAAAUCUUUUUUCAAAGUCCUAAUUAAAAACAAGGAGUUUAGUACUAGGGGGCUGUACCUAACAUCUAUAAUAAUAAAGUAUAAUCCUGCCGAUUAUACGUCCUGGUAUUAUCGCAAUGAAUGUUUGAAAGCUCUUGAUGUUGAUCUGAAUGAUGAGCUGAAUUUCACUAGGAAAAUAACCAUGGAAUCAAUUAAAGCAUUUCAGCCUUGGAACCAUAGACGAAACAUCUGCACUCUGGCAAAUUCUGGGUUUAACGAGAUUGAGUAUGUCAAGCUUGAGAUCUCAACAUCACCUAAGAAUCAGUGUGCAUGGGGUCAUCUGACUUGGCUGGUUCGGUACUUUGGAGUUUCCGACUUGUUCAAAGAACUUGAAUUCGUGGAAUUCCUGGUUUCAGGUGAUGUGUACAACAACUCAGCCUGGAAUUACAAGAAUUUCAUUUUCAAGUACUUUAAAACUGAUUUUGACAUAGAUUUCAUGGUUAAGGAGUUGGGUCGAGACUUCCAACGGUUGUUAAGAAGAACUGACAACGAGGGAUUAUGCUCAUAUAUAAUGGACAUGGUUCCAUUUCUAGAGAGCUCAUACACUAAAUGUAUUAUGACUAACUGUGAAUGUUUGUUUUUUUUCCAUGAAAUUAUUUUAGGUGAGGGUCCUCUGAGUACAUGCCUCGUUAAAAUCAUAAAAUUACAACCUCCUUCUCUUCAGCUUCUAAGGCUUCUGAAAAAAUUAAAACCAGAUGAAGAGGUAUUCGCUCAUCUUUAUAAUUCUUUAGGUCCUCCGUCAAAUGGCUAUUUUGGACCCUUUGAGGUCCGACUACUAUAA